UAAGUUAGUAAUCCCAGCGGAAAAUUUAUACAAUGAGAAUACAACUGUACAGUCUGACAGAUCGUAUAGAAUACAAUCUAAUGGAGCCCACCACUUGGGGAUAUUUAUUCUUCUUAUCCUUCUCGUCCAGACCUCCGUCUCCUCUGUUUCCCCCAUUAAUAUUCUCUCUCUCUCCGUCGCCAUUGUUUCUCCUCAAGUUCUUGCGGCAGUGUAUGAGUAGAUUGAUUUGAAGCCAUGAAGCUGCCGUAGCCCAGAUAAGAUCUGAUUGGAGACCGGAAUCGUAUAAAGCUACUGACUGGGAUCUCUAGGUCCCUCUUUUUUCCAAUAUCUUAGCGGGCCAUCAAUCUGUUCGCCGCCGAGGAAAGCAAAAAAGGUUAAUAUGGAUAGUGAGAGGGACAGCAUCCCGGGCAGUUUUAUGGCACUACUAAACAUGGUUGAGCAGCCAAUGUCAAAUUUGAAUCCACAGAACAAUCUGAAGUCAGUACCCGAAGAUAGUUCUUGCUUUUCUGAUAGACCUUAUUGCUCAGAAGACAAUGAUGUACUUUCGAGACCAAACUUAAGGGUGGACACUUACGAUUAUGCUGAUGACUCAAAUGAAGUCCAGUCCCGUCUUGAAUGUAUCAAAGACACCAUUGAAAUUCCAGAUAUGAUAUCUGGGCCUGAAAAUCUAGAUCAGGAUUACUUAUUUUCUGCAUACAAUGUUCACACUGAGGAGUCUGAUUCUAAUGAACGAUACCUUGAAGGAGGACAAGUUGGAGCUGUUGAACACGGAAUUAGAAGUUUUUGUGAAGACACUUCUGUUCAAAUGUUAAGGCCGGUUGUUGGUAUGAAGUUUUCAUCAAAGGCAGAAGCAUAUGACUUCUACAAUACUUAUUCUUGGGUGCUUGGUUUCAGUAUUAGAAAUGGUGAUAAUUUUAUUAAUUCCAAAGGCGUACAAACUAUGCAGGAAUUAAUUUGCCAACGAGCCGGAAUCAACAAGACUACUAAAUAUGCCACUACUAGAUAUGGUUGCAAGGCAACACACAGGGUAAAUCUUAAUGAUAAUUCAGAAUGGUAUGUCAAAGUUUUUAGGCAGGAACACAAUCACUCCCUUGUCGAAUCUUGCAGUGAGAAAAAGCACCUGCAUUCACAUCAACAUAUUGACAAGCCAAUCAGAGAUUUAAUAAAGAAUCUUCGGGAGAAUAAUGUAUCACUCACAAGGGUUAAUUCUAUAGUAGCAGGUUUCUAUGGAUCAACAAAGAAAGUACCAUUCUGUAAGCGCAAGUUGCGUACUGUUUGUUCUCAGAUUGCAAGUGAAACCCUUCAGGACGACAUUGCUAAGACACUGGAGAAUUUCCGUGAUAUGAUAGCAAUGGACGAUAGAUUUUCUUUCUGUGCAUAGGUGGAUGAUGACAACGGGCUAAAGUCACUAAUGUGGACUACUGGGAGGAGUAGAUCAUUAUAUAAUCACUUUGGAGAUGCAAUAACUUCUGACACUACUUAUGGAACAAACAUCUACAAAAUGCCAUUUGGUAUGUUUGUAGGAGUUAGUAACCACUUUGAGAGUGUAAUAUUCGCUGGAGUGUUCUUGACUAAUGAGAAGGGAGAGAAUUUCUGUUGGGCUUUUAAGAAAUUUGUUGCUAUGAUGGGUGGAAAACACCCAGUAACUAUUCUUAUAGAUCAGGCUAGAGACAUUGGAAAUGCAGUCCGGAAAGUUUUCACUCAUGCAGAACAUAGAUGGUGCAAAUGGCAUGUUCUUAAGCGGGCUCAUGAACUUCUUGGUGCUGUCUAUAGCAAGCAGAAAACAUUUGCCGAUGAUUUCCAUAAGCUAGUGAACCACAUGCUAACUGUAGAAGAGUUUGAAUAUGCCUAGAAUUUUGUUACGGUAAAAUAUUGUUUGCAGGAACAUCCUUUUAUGACUAGAGCCUACGAGUGUAGGCACAAAUGGGCUAAACCAUAUUUUAGCAAAGUUUUCUGUGCUAGAAUGUGUAGCACUCAACGUAGUGAGUGUGCAAACUUUAUGCUGAAGAUACAUACUGUAUGCAAUUCUUCAAUAAAUGCAUUCAUUACCCAGUACACUAAGCUUAUAGACGAUCGUGAGAGUUGUGACGCAGAUGCCGAAAGGAAAAACAAACAGAAAAUAAUUAAGGUCCAUUUUGGAUAUCCAAUGGAGAAGCAUGCUUCAGUUAUCUAUACUGCAAAGGUUUAUAAUCUAUUCAAGAAGGAGCUCAUUAAGUCAACAUCAUACCUUGUGCUUCCUAGCAUGGAGGAACAUACUUUUGUUGUGAAGCACGUCCAGGCCGAGUCUAGGGAAUCGUGGUCAAAAGUAAUAUACAAAAUCAAAGUAGACGAGUCUAUUGGAUAUUACACUUGUGAAUGUGGACUUUAUGAACAUUUUGGUGUUCUUUGUAGCCACGUCCUAGCGAUUUUUGUGAACCGAGGUGUCUGCAAAAUUCCAGAUUUGUCAUAUAAUGAAGCGGUGGACAAAGCAAGCAAGGUCAUCUAGUUUCAACAAUAAGUUGGAGAAAUAUAUCGGCGACACGAACGAGGAAUCGAGAUCAUUUAGGCACAAGCUAUUAUAUUUUGCUGCAAUAGAUAUAGUGAAUGAAGCUAAAAAUGAUCAAGAUGCUUUUGCAAUUGCAAAGUCUAAUUUUAGUCGCUGCAAGAAGGAAUUACAUGAGCACAGACUUUCAAAGACAACUACAUGCCAGGUCGGAUAUGGAUCAAUCCCUGAACAUGAAGUAACUACACAUUCUGGUGUUCAACAGGAAGUCAAUGAAGUUGUUGAUUCAGAUCUUCAAAUAGUUGAUACCGCAAACAAUAUUUCAAUUCCAGUUUCUUCAAUUCUUGCGCCUGCUAUAAUGAAGAAGAACGGUAGACCUUCAAAUAAGUGGUACAUGUCUAGCAUGGAAGCAAACAUCAAGAAGAAGAAACGUGGGAAAACACCGGACCAGAAGACCAAACAUCCGGGUGGUGUGUUGGGUGUUGUCCAGUCAAGGUUUUGCAGCAAAUGUCGAUCGCCAACACACACAAUCAAAAAUUUUCCUCAGUUAUAUUUACCUUAAUGUUAUUUGUUUUCGUUUUGUUGUUGCAAUGAAACUAGUAAUGAAGUGUGUACUGAUUGGAAACUUAAAUGUAUGAAUCCCUGAACUAAUUUUCUUGUUCUUACCGUUGUUAUUUAUAAUUGCCUUA